AUGAAGACACAGCUUCCAGAAUGUGUUGCAAGCGUGUGUUCCUGCGCCCACGCCGAGCGGCUCCCCACCCCCGAAGUGUCAGCCCGCGUAGUCUCCAUCAUGGGAGAACUUUUUGUCAACGUGACCUGGUCCCUGCCCCCACCGAAAUUUCCGCAGCGCCUGCCCAGGAACUUGACGAAACAGUCUUAUCAUGUUACCAUAGGAAAAGAAGUGUUACAACGGUCAUUGCCUCGUUAUUUGAACACUACUGGCUUGGUCACGGCUGGAGAGGAUCCGUUAUAUUUGUUAGUACCUGUUACUGAGCGAACCGGGCCGACGCCACGUGACGGUGAACGAAGUAAUAAGCGAAUAACGUUGGAUGUAAAAAUACUCGCCUGGGUUGCCCUAAUUGAUGAAAGAGGUUGCGUUGGGCCAGAGGGAAACGCCACUGCUUAUGAUCCAAGAGAGAGCAGUGGCACGAAAAUUGGACCUUAUAUACUAUGGGCAGCAUUAUGUGGCGCCUGUAUUGUUGUAAUGGUCGGCAUGCUAGCAGUUAGCGCGCGAGUUGUAAAGCGCGUUUUACGCGCUUUCCGUCCUGCUCCCGUUUCCACUCCGCACGAGUCACUGUGUCGGCCUGCGUGGUUUCCAUUGCAACGGCGCAC